UUCAAGACCCGGGCCCGGGCAAGCAAGCUGGGCUGGCCUAUAUAUUCUGUGUAUACUGUAAUUAUAGCUAUAUAGGUAUAUUAUGCACUUUGUGAACUUGCUGCUCCAAUGCAACAAUGAUUUGUCAAAACAACAAUAGAUGGCGGUGAGGUUUCGUUUAUAUGUGGUGUUUAAACUUGAAAAUAAUACUUAUAAUAUGGAUAUAAUUAUCCUUUUAAAAAUAAUAUGUGUUCUGAAUUAAUCAGAUUAGCAGUUUUCACAGAAUAUUCAGGUUAAAAAUUGAUGUUGCGUAGAAACCAUACUAGAUGUCGCUGGUAACAGCUCCAAUUUAUUUACUUGACAAUCAAACGUCAUUAGACCGUCUCGCUCAUCUUCCUUCACGCAUCCCGCUCGCACAGACUAAAACAAAUUAAAACCAUAAUCACAAAAAUUACGUAUGUGCAUUUAUCAUGGUGUUGUUCUGUGAGUAAAUAUCAACAGAGUUCAAAAAUGGUGUGAAUUAGCGUACGCGUUAUGGAUCUUUCGAUCUUUUAGCGGCCGAAGUGCUAAACAAUAAGUCAUCAUAACAAGGUAACGAAGAUGUUCUUGUAAAACAAAAGGCGUCCUUCACACAUUAGUGAGGCUCAUUUGUUUGAAUUAGUUAUCUGAACACGCCCCCGAUAAAGAGGUGAUUACUGGUAUCAUGUAAGUACUGCACUCCGUUCCCCGCUCACGAAUAACUCAGGUGGUGGUCGCUUAUAAUACCUAACUUUCCGGACAGGGACUAACUAAGCUUACUAAUUUAAGCUCAACAUGGCUAAUACAAAGAUUACACGCAAAAAGAAUAAAGAUGAUAAAUCAACAGGUAAGAGAACGAAGAAGACAAUGAGACUCGAUGAAGUUGAGGAACUCAAAUUCCUAUCUCAUGAAGAAAGGAUACAAUAUCUUAUUAAAAAUGGUAACUUAAUUAAAGAUGAAAUUUUUAAUGAUGCAGCAUUGAAAAAGAACAAUUUGAAAAAGGAAGCAUUGGUCAGAAAACCUCAUGCUAAAAAUGACAAACUCAUAUCCAAAACCGGGAAACUCAAAAAUAGAAAUAAACACAUUAAGUACAUGGAUUCCAUUUUGAUGAGUGAACUUCUCAUUAAGCAAGCUCCUAGAACUAAGAAAAAAAACAGUGGAGAUAACAACAAUGAUAAUGAGUUAAGUGACCAAAAUAAAAGUGACGGCACGAGACAUAAAAUUGAGAGAAGUAUUGAAACUACACAAAAUCAUGAUGAAGUUAUUGACAUUAACAUUGACUCAGAUUUAACUGAGGCAGCUCAAAUAAAUGACAAAAAUGAACUGAAAAUUUUAGCUAAGCAAAAGCAUAAUUUGAGUAAAAAUCAAAACACAGAUGUUGAUAUGGUUGAAAUUUGUAUUGAUACCAAUAAUCCUGUUAUUCCACAAAAUAAAAAAAAUGAUGAAAAGAGAACUAAAUCGAAAAGAAAAAAAUCUAUUCUCGCAGAAAGACUGGAACAAAUGAAGACAGUGAAACUCAGCAAUGGAGUUUCACUUUCUAUGCAAUAUUACCAGUGUGACCAUUGCCAGAAAAAAUUCUGCCAGAAAUCUUCUCUACAGAGACAUAUGUUGUUGCAUCUCAAUUUAAAUCCGUACACUUGCCCGGCGUGCCCCAAUAGACAUUUCCGGCAAGAUGGCAACAGGAGGGCUCACAUUCGCAGGAGACACCCGCAACUUUUCUUAAAAAUGAAAUAUGAAUGUACCAUCUGUAAAAAGCCAUCAGCCUCAUUAAAUGAAUUAAAGCGCCACAGAAAAGAGCAUGUCAAGAAACAAAAAGGAUUCACAUGUGUGUUUUGUGAGAAAGUUUUUAAAGACAAGGAGCUUUUAGCAGACCAUGAGAAACUUCACAUGUCACCAGGGCGAUACAAAUGCUCAAUGUGCCCUAUGAGCUAUGACUCCCGUCCCCUUUACUCUGACCAUUUAAAAACACAUGCAAAAGUAGAGGACUACUAUUAUUCUUGCCAAUAUUGUGGUAAAUCCUACUUACGACCCAGCUCCAUUGCGAGACACAUCCGAGUCAGCCAUGGUGGAAUGAGGAUGCAGUGUCCCAUUUGUAAGAAGCUGUUGAAAGGGCAUCUAACUGAGCAUAUGAGAACGCAUGAGAAUGACAGACCACAUGAAUGUGAUGUGUGCGGGCAGAAAUUCACUCAGUCCACACAGCUUACAGUCCACAAGCGCUCCCAUACUGGUGCUAGGCCAUAUCCUUGCCGGAUCUGUAAGCAACCUUUUUCUCACUCCAAUGCUCUAAUGCUCCAUAUAAGACGGCAUACCGGAGAGAAGCCGUUUGAAUGUGCUAUGUGCCCGCAAACAUUCUCCCAGUUACCACAUAUGAAAGCUCAUAUGCGCAGCAUCCAUAGUAAAACUGAAUUCUACAAAUGCACUAAGUGUACCAAGUUUUUCAAGCUUAAGGCCCUACUAGAAGCUCAUUCAGAAGAAUGCGGAGGCGUUGAGACUGUUAAAAAACCGGAAAACAAAGACAGCACGCUGGUGUCGAAAAUUAGAUUCCACCUCGCGCUACUUUUCACCAUGAUCGCGUCUAAAGAAAAGCUGAGCGACCUAGGUUUCAACAAGCGACUCAUCGACGACAUUCUGGUCGACUCGAUUGAGGCCAUGGGCUUAGCGCCCUGCAAAGACAAGGAUCUGCCUCCGUAUACGCGUCUGAAGAUCAAUGCACUCAUGUUGCUUCAAGGUACCGUGCCUAAGCCGCAGAUGGCACUCUUCGCCAAGCAGAAGAAAACCACGGAGGAGAUAUUGGAGUUGCUGACUGACGAUGCGAAUAAAUAAUAGGUUAGAUUAGGUGCUUGUGGGGUUAGAGUAAGAGAGCUAGAGAGAGCUUUUCUAUAAGUCAAAUUAAAAAUUGGCAACAUCGUAGUAUUGUCCCUUUCAAAUACGAGUAUGCAAGUAAACGUUGCCACUUUUAAAAAUAUUUCUUUGUCAGGAUUAGAGAUGGGCCGAAUAUUCGGUAAAUAUUCGGUAUUCGGCAUAUUCGGCAAGUUUUUCAAUAUUCGUAUUAAAAAAAAAUAGCGUAAG